AUAAAAAUCUUUUUAUCAGUUUGAAAUGGGAGCAUACAAGUAUUUACAAGAACUUUGGAAAAAGAAACAAUCAGAUGUGUUGAGUUUCAUAAUGAGAAUUAGAACAUGGGAGUAUAGAUAAUUGCCUGUAAUUCACAGAGCCACAAGACCAAGUAGACCAGAUAAGGCUAGAAGAUUAGGAUAUAAAGCUAAACAAGGUAAUUAGAUGUAUAAUAAUUAAUUAGGCUAUGUAAUUUACAGAGUAAGAGUAAGAAGAGGAGGUAGAAAAUUACUCAUUAGAAAAGGAUUAGUAAAAGGCAAACCUAAGAGUUAAGGAGUUAAUCAAUUAAAACCAACAAGAAAUCUUAGAUCUGUAGCAGAAGAAAGAGUAGGUAGAAAGAUAGGUGCUUUGAGAGUUUUGAAUUCUUAUUGGGUGGCUUAGGAUGGCACUUAUAAAUAUUAUGAGGUUAUUACUGUUGAUCCAUUCCAUCCAGCUAUUAGAGGAGAUCCUAGAAUUAAUUGGAUUACUAAUCCUGUUCAUAAACAUAGAGAAUUAAGAGGUUUUAUAUAUCUAUUAUUAUAACAGGAUUAACAUCAGCUGGUAGAAAGAGUAGAGGGCUUAGAGUUAAGGGUCAUCGUAAUAAUUAAACAAGACCUUCAAGAAGAGCUAAUUACGCUAGAAGAAAUAGAAUAUCCCUCAGAAGAUUUAGAUGAUAUUAAGUUUUUUGUACAAUCAACCAAU